UAUGCUACUGCAGUUAGUGAAAUAUGGCUCUUUUCUACCAUGGGCUUAGCCAAGCAGAACUUGCACUAUGGCACAUGUCCUGGGCAUUGCUCUUGCUAAGUUUGUCAUCCGGCCCAGAUCACCCUGAAUCCCUGAUGUUGCAGCAACCUUUAUAAAUGUUGCAAUGAUGUACCAAGACAUUGGAAAGAUGAACACAGCUCUGCGUUAUCUGCAAGAAGCUUUGAAAAAGAAUGAAAGGCUUCUAGGCGAGGAACACAUCCAAACUGCUGUAUGCUAUCAUGCUCUAGCCAUUGCAUUCAAUUGUAUGGGUGCCUUCAAGCUUUCUCACCAGCAUGAGAAGAAAACUUAUGAUAUACUUGUCAAACAACUUGGUGAGGAGGAUUCAAGGACACGUGACUCUCAAAACUGUAUGAAGACAUUUAAGAUGCAUGAGCUACAGUUAAAUUCAUGGCGUCUCUGAGUGGUUGGAAGUUGGACGAUUUUUAUAUGUUCUUAAAUGGAUCUUUUGUUUCUCCUCUCCUCUCCCAACAUCUUUUAGGUUUCUGAAUUUUGUGAAUAUUCUUUUGACAGACGAAUGCACAAAAGCAAAAAGGCCAAGCUUUUGAUGCAGCUUCUGCUCAAAAAGCAAUUGAUAUUUUGAAGGUGCUUUUGAGCUCUCCUUUUUGCUGGUUUUGUUUUGUAAGGACAAUUUCUACACAAUCAUACAUGAAAGGGAAGACCAUCCUCAUAUCUCAUAACAGUUUCUGCUUGAUUGAGAAAAUGCUUCCUAUACUAAUGCUUUUGUCGUUUUUUUGCCUGACCUGUUGCUCAUUCUCUAUGGUGUAUACGACCCCUGUAUGUCUAUCUGGUGUAAUCUCUAAUGUCAUUAGAUUUCUCAUUGAUUAUUUGACAUUCCAUGACAAGCCCAUCCUGACUUAAUACAUGCAUUCCAAGCUGCCGCCGCAAGUGGAGGGUCUGGGAGUUCAGGCGCUUCUGUCAACAAAUCCCUUAAUGCUGCAAUAACUGGUGAGAGUACUCUUCCCCGAUCGAGGGAGGGGAGUUGAUGAAAGAGCUGCUCGUGCAGCUGCUGAAGUCAGAAAGAAAGCCGUAGCAAGGGGCCUCUUGAUUAGUACACACGGUGUUCCAGUACAAGCUUUGCCACCACUCACACAGCUCCUCAACAUUAUCAAUCCUGGUAUGACAGGUGGACUCUGGGGAAACCAAUGGAGUGAACAGUGAAGCUAAUGGCCAUCCUUCAAAUGGCCCAGUAGAUUCCAAAAACGAGCAAUUGACGUCAGGGCAAGAAGAUCAGACUCCAGUUGGAUUGCGCAUGGGCUUAACAUCACAUGCAGGAUGCCAAGAAACAGAAAGCAAAAGCCAAAGUUGCUGCUUGAUAUGUUGCACAGCUGAGAUUAUGUUUACUGUCAAGAAAGCCCUGUAUUUGUUUGUUUUAACCAAUAAUCAGGCUCAUAGAGAGCAUGGUGGCAAAGUUCUUGCAAACAUAUUAAUCUAUUUUCCAGGCGCCAACGGAUGAAUGAAAGUGAUGUUGAGCAAAAA